CCACUGGAAGCGCACGGACCGUCCCGACAAGGAGAGCAGCCAGAGUUGACUGCUCGAGGAUCUAGGUCGUUUUGAACAGUGUUCUAAGCCGAAUGAGAUGCGUCACUGUGCGAGUGUCACCUAUGACAGUCUCUGCCAAUCGUCCUUGUAUGGAGAGUGAGGCUGAGUUUAUGCUGCUGUUGAUGCCUCUCAUUGGGAGUCGGUGCGCCUCAUGCCAUGCCCACCUGCCACUGUCCGCCUGACCUGGUAACCAUGGAUAUCCAAGUGCAGGCCAACCUCCACUACGGGGUCAACGGGGGUCACGAGAGUUCCGCCGGCACCCGUGCGCGAUCCUAUGAUGAUGACACGCUGCAGUUUCUGAGUCGGGAGGAGAAGGAAUGCAUCCUGUUUUUCGAGGAGACCAUCGACUCCCUGGAUGAUGCCUUAAAGGAUGAGGAGGAGGGGCCAUCUAAAGACCAGGGGGUGGGGCUAUCCACAGGUAGCAACACACCUGUGGAGGCGGGGUCUGCCCCGCCCAGCCCCCUCCAGGCGUCCACACCUGUCACAGAACAUCCACACCACCUCAGAGAGAAUGACAUCAUCGACCUGGUCCACUCCAUAUCGGAACAUGGCGAGUUUAAGGAGAUUCAGUUUCAGCCCAGGACACCAGAUUUUCAGAGUAUGGCCGUGGCUCCUGUGUCUCACUUUGAGAUGAAGGCCAAGCGGGACCCUCAGGAGAACUUCCCCGCAGAGUAUCACCACCCAGCGUCCAGCGAGGACAACGGCGGCACCGGGAGCAGUGGGGGUUACCAGCCUCCACCGGGCUCUGUCCCCACGCCCGGCCUCAUCGCCCAGAGACUGGCCAACCACCAGGGCGGCACCAGCAUGCUGCCCUCCAUGCUGGUGAUGCGCAGGCGGAGCCUGGACUCGGGCAACCGCGCCGUGACCCCGGCAUCCCAGCCCGGCACAGAGCAGCCGGCCAAACAGGGGCCACGCACGUCUGCCAAGCCCAACUUCAGGGAUUUGAACCACGCAGUUGCCAUGGCGGCGGUGAGUGCGGCGGAGCGGCGGGCGCAGAUGCCGGGGAAUCUGGGCGGGGUUGCGGACCAGAUGGAGGGGGGAGAGCCGGCGUGCGUGCGGAAACUGCCCACGCGGAGCGUCUCGUUCCGUGACCCAACGCCGGAUAAGUCCCACAUGGAGGCGCUGUCCAAGCUCGGCCUGGUGCGCGGACGGGCCAAGUCCAUCACCCCCACUGUGAAAACUAGUCCCGAGCCCAAACCCAAGUCCACAACCACAACAGCCUCCUCCGCCCCCAGGACCGAAAUCCACACUGAUUUUAACAGGUUCGGCGGAAAAUCGACCGUGGUGACCCCUUCACCACUGUCUCUGACCACUUUAGCCCCCACCUCUCCAAGUGCUGACGUGGCCUCCAGGGACUUCAACAGCUAUGGGGGGAGGACCAUCACGGUGGUGCCCGCCACCUCCGGCAGGGCUGACCCCGACCCCGAGCCCAGCCCCAGCCCCAGCCCCAGCCCCCCCCCUCCAGCCUACAAUCCCCCCCCGCCGGCCAAGACAGACGCCCCGGCCACUGAAAUCAACAGCUACGGGGGCAGAACCAAGACCAUCGUCCCAGCCUCUGCCUUGGCUAGAGCAGACAUCCCAGACGGUCCAGCCAGCCAUCAGCAGGACAUCAGGGCCAACGUGCAGACACACUCCCCAUCCCCGCCAUCUACGGCCAGGGGCGAGAGCCCUCAAACCUCCCCCCCCUGCUGCACCUCCAGUGAUCCAUUCAGCCAUUAUGGCGGUAAGAGUAAGGUGAUCACUCCAGCCCCAGCUGUGGUUCCCAAGAUGGACCACCCCCAGCCUGAAGCACCGAGGUCAGUCCCAGUGAACCAGGUCAGAGUGGCCCGGGAGAACAGCUUUGGCAGGCGGCCCCAGGUGGUGGUGCCGUUGCCGACCCUGGUGAUCCCUCCCGUUGGCGGUGCGCGGGGCAAGUCUGCCACUCUUCCCCCGACUUCACCCAAACCGCCGAGCCCCCACCGGGUGAAGCCGCCAUCACCGGAGGUCCGACGCAAGGCCAGCAAGCCGUCGUUCCGCUCCCAGGGCAUCACCGUGCAGUUCUCUGGCCGCGGCGCCACCGACGACUCCAGGCGCGAGGCGCUCCGCAAGCUGGGUCUGCUGAAGGACACGUCAUUACUGUGACGGACACACACACACACACACACACACAUACACACAUACACACACACAGACGCCAUAUCCACCUGUGUGUGUAAGAGUAGAGUGUGUGAAUCACAAUCACAGUCACAGUUGAACAGUAACCAAACAUCCGGACAGACUAAACACACCAAGUGCCUUCAGGACACUGUGACAGUUGCUAGCCAAUCAGCAGGAAAGCUUUUGACAUCAGCAUUGGAGAGAGACGCCAGGUGCCAUCUCAGGUUAAACACCUGCACCCCAAUCACAUGCUCUUCCUACUCCUCAUCCUCCUGUUCCUCUGGAUAUUUAUAACUUCAGUCUCCUCAAACAUCUGACCUUGAAUCCACGCACCAUACUAGGAAACUCUGCUCUCCUGAGCCAAGAUGGCUAGCACUCAUUGGAUCCAAAAUGGCUACCACUGAUUUCUGUCUUACAGCAACCUCUAGCCUUAUUUUGUAUGGACUCUCGUGUAAAUCUGUCUUCUCUGUGAAUUUAAGAAUUGAGUGACACUCCAGUGAUAAUCCAGCAUUGGUACGUGUGAUAUAUGAAGAAACAGCAUUGGGACUCUCAGAUGUUUAGAGGAGUCUGUCAUUUUCUCAGUGGGCAUUAUAACAGCAUAUGUGACUUUACUGUGUGACUUGGGAUUAUGUGCGUAUUAGAUGUUGCAGAUGGCCAGUCUCAUUUUGCUGGUCAGAUCUUGUAUCAAUUACAUAAUGGUGAGCAUGUUACGGCAUGUUCUGUUACGCCAAGUUCUGGCAAGCGGUUCAACACUACCAGUCUUUGGCCUGAAUACGAGCCCUGUAAGAGGGACGUUCCCUAAAACAAAGACUGAUAUUUUCAUUGAUAAGUUUAAGUAAGACGAGCCUCGUAUGGCAGGCAAAAGUCAUUGCCUGCUUGUCCAACAACCUUCGAACAACUUGAAAGAGCAAGGGAAGAGCUUUUAAGAUCAGUCUAAACAGGGGCUUAACAGGGAUUGAGCUUCGGUCUCUCUGUAGUUUACACAAGCAUACCUCACGCCACUGUUCUGGUCUCUGUCUCUGUUACUUAGCUUUAAGAUGAGGCUGCACUUACAACUGUACUCUAUGCUCUCUUGUGACCUAACCCCCCAACCCCACCCUGUUCCCUUCAAGUGCCUCUCUCUGUACACACACACACACACACACACACACACACACACACACACACACACACACACACACACACACACACAUGUUAGACACGGGUGCUGGCUGGCUGGUUGGAUGGAUAGCUGGGAGUGUAUUUUUAAACUCUGAAAUGCUGCUGCUGCUCCUGCUGCUGCUGCUGGGUUGAAGCCGCCCAUUCAGACCACAGAGGCGCUGGAAUCGAGACUUUUACAAGUCUUGUGGCGAGCGCCACACUGGGCCAGGCUGGGGUGUGGAGGAGCGGUGUGUGUGUGUGUGUGUGGGGGGGGGUGGGGGGUG